GAUCGUGUAGUGUUUUAUGGCGUUUGUCAAAUUAACUAAACUUUUCGAAAAGUGGAGUUUAUAUCACAGUUAUGUCUAUUUUUAACGAAUUGAUGACAAAAAUCAAUGCAAUAUCUGACGAUAUUGUAAAAAACUUUAAUAAUGACUUACAGGCCGCGUUCGAUUCUCUUGCUAAAUUCGAAGAGGAAUUUCAUAAUGGACGGAGAAAGGCGCGGGAGAAAGCAUCUAAAGAUAUUACCCCUAUGACGACCGUUCACGAGGAUGAAGACGAAUCAACAAAAUCAUUGGACACCGACAACACAAAACGUAAAUCCAGCACAAAAUCUACCACCGACCUCACAGCGGGACGCAGUUCCACAGAAAGUAACCCGGAGAAGCCUCAACGAGCUUCUAAGAAACGCAGCAAACAUGAAGUGGACGACAUGUUGAGCCCCGAACAGGAUAAGAGACAGAAACGCAACGCUUCUGUUAAGGCACAGAGUAUUAUUAGUAAACAGGUGAACGUAAACUUAUCGGCAAAGCUCCGUCGCGAGGAUACAGAGAAGACAUCAAAGGGUCGACGGCGUAAGGAAGAUGACAAGGAAAACUCGGAACCACUGCUCAAUAUACAAAUCAAACAAGAGAAGAUCUCAUUACCACCUGAACCAAUGGAUGCGGAAACUUUGCCACUUGAAGCUGAGAUAUUAGUCAAGAAGGAAGUCGAUGAUCUUGCUAUGCCUCCACCAGCCAUGCCUGUGCCCCGGCCACGUAAAGCAGCUGCCAAAGAGAAGGCGGAUGACAGCAGCGAGGAGUCUGCAGGCAAGAAGAGGAGCACCCGGAGUAGGAAGCAGACCAACGAUAAUGCAGCACCUCCCGUGGCAUCCACGCGGUCGACUCGCGCCAGCUCCCGCUCGACGCGACAGCUCGAUGCUGACGAGCUGCCGCCGCCCGACGCCCGGCCCAAGCGGACACGGGCUAAGAAGAAAGUAUCAGAGACACCAGAGAAAGUGGCAACAACACAAGAAAGUGCUCCAGCUUCACCGGCUGAAAAACCGCGGCCCAAGAGAACUAGACGAGGGCAGAAAGCUGCAGAAAAACAAGAAGAGAAACCAGAAGAAAAGCCUACAGAAAUCGCCCCACCAACGACAAUUUCACCUAAAGAAGAAAGACUAUCAAACCACGACGUUUCCUCCCCUAUAUUACAAAAGGAAAUUAGUAAGAAAGGCAAAAAGAACCCUAUUGUUGAGGUCACAAGGCUGAAUUUAGAUGAAACUGAUGCGGAAACUAUGAAAGUAGGAAAUGUAGGGGAUAUGGAUAAAACUGUGGUUAUACCUAAUGGCGUUUAUAGUCAUGCACCUCUUACGCCUAAGAAUGUGCGCAACAUGAACGAAACCGUAGUAAUAGAGGCAGCCAACAGAGAAACUAUGGUGAUAGAAAAACCGCAAAAUCCUAUCAUGGAUGCCACCGUUGUACUUGAUAAAGAUCCCAAACCAGUGAAUCUAACAGAUGAUAACUCGUUGCUGACGGAUGACGACGACUCACAGGAAAUACACACUCCGCCCAAACAAGCGCCGCCGAUAAUACAGCCCACAUCCGCAGUAAAAGAGAAAGUGCAACAAUUCGAAGAGUUAGCUUCCAGAGUCACCAGGACGAAAACAAGAGCUAUGGCGAAAAAGCAGGAGGAGGAACCAGAGACCCACACACCUCCCGACAAGAUAGUGAAACCAGUGUUGUCUGCUGAAACCCUCACUAAGAUGAACAGUAUGAUCUUCAACGGGAAACCACCACAGAUAUCAAGUUCAGCCACAAAACCCCGAGCUAACAUAGUAACAUCGACCAAGACUAUGAUCCCGUCAUCCACAUCCAAGCUGAGCGGCAUCUCCCGCGCCGCGGAGGAGCUGAAGCGCGAGAGAGAGGAUGCACGGAAGAAGAAGGAAGCCAUGCUGGAGGCUAAGAGGGAGUUGCAGAAGAAAAAACGCGAAGAGAAGAUGGCAGCCGCAGCUGCAGCCCGAGAGGCGGCCGAGAGAGAGCGUCGCGCGGCGCUGGAGGCGGCGGCGCGGGAGCGGCAGGAGAAGCAGGCGCAUGCUGAUCUGGGGAAACUCGAGAGGCUCAAGGAGGUCGAACGGAAAAAGCAAGAGCUAGCGCGUAAAGUAGCAGAAACAGAAGAGAGGAGACGGGCGGAGGAGCAGGCUCGACAGCAGAGACUGGCGGAGGAGCAGCGCCGAGCUGACGACGCCAGGAGGAAGCAGCUAGAGGAGGCCGCCGCAAUGAAGAAAGAAGCGGCGUUUAUGGCGAAAGAAAUAGAGAAGAGACAGAAGGAGUAUAUAGAGAAACAGAAAAUGAAGAGAAUGGAAGACAAAUCCCACACCCCACUAAAGCUAGGCACAGCAGGUUGGCACGGUUCAGCCUUGUCUCCCGUGUACAUGGCGGACGGCUUCCAGUACCUCAACUCUGAUGAGGACGAGGAGCCCGCGGAGAGGCCCAUUCCUGAAUGGAGUACGUCUAAAGCCCGUAAAACCCAGCUAUCGAUCCAGAGCCUGGUACAACCGUCGCACGUGGACCGUCUGUUCAGCGUCCGCGUGCACAGCCCCGACCUGCGCGACAUCUUCCCCAACAUCGAGCGAGCCCGGCUCAAGAGGACGUCCUCCGCCGUGUGGCGGACUCCGGAGCGACUGCCCGCGCUAGCUGAGUGAUAGCAUAUCUACAUGGCUAUGUGAAUAUAUCCAUGGGCAGGCGUCGCCGCGUCUUGUACAUAGUGUAGCUGAUUACAAAACAUUAGUGUGGUCACUUGUGUGCGUUAUGUGAAAUGUAGUAUUGUACAACACGAAUUGUAUAUCGAUAUGUAUGUAUUUUCGACAUUUUUCUUAUAGGAAAGAAUGUACUGUUGGGGUCAGUUAAAAGUAGAAUAAAUAAAAAGCUAGCUAGCGAAACCGGGUUUACCCGUGCCCCAAAGGAAGUAGUUCGCGCACCUGGAUAAAAACUAGCCUUAGAACCCUCCUCGA